AUGCAUGCGUCCGAGACUUUUAUUCCAUACGAAAAAUUUAAUCAAAGAAAUGGGCUGGAAAUAGAAACACUUAAUGGAACAUUUAGUACUAUCAAGUCGUGGAAAUACAAUGGAAUUAAUGUCGCAGCAAAAAUAUCACAAAGUAAACAACUGUCAGUUGCUGAAGUUCAAAAACAUCAAUAUUUUUACUGCAACAAUGUAAUCAACCUUUAUGGAAUAACGAAGCUUCCGAAUGGCACCGAUUGUUUGAUAAUGCAUUACGCGAAAUGUGGAAAUUUACAUGAUUAUCUUUCUGAAAAGAAACUUGAGUGGGAUGAAAUGUUAAAAAUGUCAAUUGAUAUCGCAGCGGGAUUGUUAGAAUGUCAUAGUCGUGAAAUUAUACAUUUGAAUAUAAAUUCUGAAAAUAUUUUAGUGGACAAGAACGAAAAUAUUUUAGUGGACAAGAACUUAGAAUUAAAGAUUGCGGGCUUCGGCUUUGAUAUAAAUAAAGAAUUCGAUAAUAUAGAAACUGUACGAUGGGCUGCACCUGAACGAUUUUCAGAGAAACCAGAAAUGAAAAAAGAAAUGCAAAAACUUUCAGAUAUUUAUAGUUAUGGAUUAGUUGUAUGGGAAAUUGCAAUGAAUGGCAAAAACAUUAUUUUCUCGUGUAGACCCUAUGAUGGCAUGGAAAUUGAUGAAAUCAAAGACACCAAGGCUUCUGGCGAUAUUAGUUAUUUGAGUGAGGCCAGCUUUAGAAAAGGUUGUAUUCGAACUAGAAAGCUUGCGCUACGAAAAUCCCUAGAAAAGCUUCAAAAUGAUCCAAAAGAACUAGCAUUGUUUUAUUUCAAGGAGGAAAUGUAUGAUGCUCUUGUACAUCAUUUAACAAAUUUAUUGAAAGAUAAUGGAAGGGACGCAUUUGUGUUACAGUAUCGUGGUGCAGCAUAUUACAAUCUGAAAAAAUAUGAAGAAUCAAUCUUGGAUUUAAAAAAAGCAAAUUAUUAUAAGCCAAAAGAUCCAUUUACGCUAAAAUAUUUCGGAGCAGUUUAUCGUGCAAAGUAUCAAUAUGAGAAAUCAUUUCGAGACUUAACCGAAAAGUUAGUGGAUGAGAAAAAAUUUGCAAAUUCAUUGAGACAACAUGGAGGAACGUUUUACAACAUGAAACGAUAUAAGGAUUCAUUUACAUAUUUUGACACAUCACUAGAUAUCGAGCCAGAAGACGUAUUUGCUUUAUCACACCGUGCUUCUAUUUAUCGAUUGUUUUUCAAGAAAUUUGAAAAGGCACUUGCGGAUUUAGACAGAGCAUUAGAAAUUGAUCCAAAUUAUGUAUUUGCAUUGAGUGAACGUGAAGAAACCUAUCAAAUGAUGCACGAGAAUAAUAACAAUAUGAGGUCAUUUAAAAAAUCAUCUUCAUUACCACCAUUCAUGGAAGACUCUACAGGAACUACUUUAAAAGUAGAUAAAAAAUGGCAUACAAUUUUAGGUGAAGAAAUACCUUUAAUUGAGCCCCAAUAUUAUGCUAAACUUUGCAAAAUUAUUUCACCACCAAAAUUAUCAUCUAAUGAAAUUCAUGGAAGCGUAACAUUAGUUCUCCCCUAUAUUCUGCAAAAAGAACAAAAGAAAAUUCAAUUAUCUCGGUUUGAUUGUAUCGCCAGCUUAUUCGCAUCUGCCGAGUGUACUGUAAUUAAAGAUAUCUUUAAAACUCUAUCACAAUUUCCAAUGGCUUUUCCUUUAGUAACUCCAGAACUGAAGGAAGCAGCAAAAUUCAGGGUGAUGCACCCUCUGUUUACCGGUCCAGUUAUCAAAUGGGAAUCUGAGCCCGGAAAAAUAAUUGAAAAUCAUCUUUUUCAGGACCCAUUUCAUAUGAUUGUCGCUAUUAGGAUUGGAACAAACACCCCAGGUAAAAGCACUAUUCUUAAUCAAUUAAUGAAACGAAAUUUUAUGUUCUCAUCGCCCAACGAGCCAGGAGCAGAAUACGGAAUGCCACAUAUGAUUAGUGGAAGUAUUGAGUUUACUUGGUUGACCGAGGAGACAUGUGGAGUAGGCCUGUGGACAGAAGUUUUGAGGAAUUUCUAUAAAGAGAAAAAAAACAAGAUCGUAUUGCUUGCGAAUUUACACGGUGAUGCUUUAAAUUAUCCAGAUCAAGUUAAUUUUUUAAGACAAUUUCCAUCUAGUUUUUUGGUUUUUUUAAUGCCUGGAUAUGAUGAUAAUCAAAAAAAUAAUCUUAAUGAAUUAACAGGCAAUAAAAAAAGUGUCUAUUGCUGGAUAAAUCAGAAAAAUAAACCAAAGUAUUCAUUUGAUACUACACUUUUAACAAAUGAUCGAAAUUUAAAAAAAAUGAGGAUGAUGAUCAACGAAGCCUUAGAACUUGAUACUUCCAACAAAGCCUUAGAUCUUAAUGAUUCAACAUUUGACAUUAGUAAAUUAAAGUUAGAGGGAACGCUUCGAUUUACAGAAGAGAUUGAAUUUCUCGAAUCACGGCAUUUAAUUGAUUUUAUUCAAGAAAAAAAUUGUCGUCAUAUCAAAUUAGAAGUUAUGCAGCUUCAACAAACGCCUAAAGACGGCUUUAGUAUUAUUCAAAACAAUCGUGAAUUAAAAGAUCUAAUAAGCUUAUUUGUAAAUACAUUAAUGUUACCUCUUGAUAAAAGAAGACGAGCUUUAGCACAUAUUGAAAGAGAAAUUUCUAAGCUUUCUUCAAAAGAAUCAUCCAAUGCCCGAGAAAAAGCUAUAUCUAAAAGAGAUGAGUUGCGUAAAAUUAGCGUAGGGAAUAAAGCUAACGAGAAAAAAGUUAAAAAUGAGAUUGCUAAAAUUUGGGAAGAAAUUAAUAACAUUAGUUUAGGUUUGGAGCACUUUUUCCGUGAGCUAGGCCAAUUUUAUAAAUUUACAUCUGUUUACGACCGAAUGGCAGAUAUUAUCGAUCGAAAGGCAGAUAUUAUGAAGUUGCCAGAACUUUGUGCAGAACUUUUAAUUAGUGGAGAUGCUAUAGAAUUACUAGAUGGUGAUGCUGGAACUAUACCUGAAACUUGGUUCUCAGCAAUUUGCAAACACGUUGACAAAUUAUAUCCCAAACUUAAAAUUUUUGUGAUUAGCAUCCUUGGUUUACAAUCGUCUGGAAAGUCUACUCUUUUGAAUGCUCUUUUUGCAUGUAGAUUUGCAGUUUCAGUUGGACGGUGCACUAGAGGUCUUUUUAUGCGAUUGCUAUUUUUAGAAGAAGAUUUAGCCCAAGAAAUUGGUGUUGAUGCAUUUGUUUUGAUUGAUACCGAAGGUCUUGGUGCACCUGAAAAAAUGGAUGAACCAGAAGCGGAAAAAAAAGAUCGAAUAUUAGCAACGUUUGCAAUGGGUGUUAGCAAUUUAACAAUCCUCAAUGUACUUGGAGAAGCUACGCGAGACUUGACUGAAAUUUUACAAAUUGUCAUUGUAACAAUGGCACGUCUUGAAAAAGCUGAUAUGGCCCCUGAUAUUCUUAUGGUACAACACGUUUCUGAAAGAAAUAUAGCAAAAUUAACUGAGCCAGAAGAGAAAUUUCGGAAUGCUCUCCAAGAAGCUUUGAAAAUAACGGAUAAACAAGAUACUAGGAUGGGAAUAUAUAGUAUGAAGUGUCUUCAAACUCUUGAAGAAAGAAUAAAAGAUGGUAAACUUCUUAUACCAUUUCGACCAUUCAAAGAUGGAGCAACUGCUCAUGCUCCACCAUCAGGACAAUAUCAUGACGACGUUGUUAAUUUAUAUAAAUCGAUACUUGUCGAUUGUAAGAACUCAAAUAAUAAAAUCGAAUUUGCAAAAUGGUACUCGUUAAUACAGGAUUACUGGAGUGCCGUUUCCCAUGAUGAUUUUGCUGUUCAGUUUAAAAAUAUUAAAAAAAUUUAUGAAUUCAUUGAACUUGGUGAUCAAAUCACAAAGGUGAAGGAAGCUAUUGACUCGUCGUUCUUCGAACAUGAGGAUCAUAUUUCACAAAAAUUUUUAGAGCUUAUAUCAGAUGACAAGGAAAAUCAGAAUAUUAAAGAUGAAUGCAUUAGAAUGAUUACGAAAGAGCUAAAAGAUGUUCCAUGUUAUAAUUACGAGAAGUGCGAAAAAUGCAUGAAAACAAAUGAAGUAAGGGAGAAUUUAGAUAAAUACCUUGAAGAAAAUAAGAAAGAUGAAAUAUGUAAAAAUGAAACCCAUGAUACUAUUGAAAAGUAUAUAGAGCAAAAUCGUAAUUCAAGUAAUAGAAAACUUACUCAAAAACUCGAAGCUUCCAUUAUUCGGAAAGGCCUUUCAUCCGAUUUUUUUGAAAUCAUUAAUAGAAAAAUGGAGGAGAUUAUAAACAAUAUUCAAGGUAAAAAUUUGUCUGACCAGGAACGUGAGAAAAAAGUUGAAGAAAUAUGGAUAGCACUACGAAAUCAUUUAGCAUCUAGAGAUAAUGUUAUACCAGUUACACAACAAAUCGAUGAAGAAGUCGGAAAUGAAUUUAGCAAAACAAGGUCAUCUUUUAUUAAUGAAUACAAAAAAGAAACACGACCAGACUUGUCUAAACGCGUAGCAUAUAAAAAUUAUUUUAAACAGCAUUAUCUAGACGUGAAAGACGUUAGUGAACUUAAAAAUAUACUUGAUAGUUUAACAGAUAAAAUCUUAGAAAAAAGAAAAUCUCCACUCUUUUACGAUGGAAUUGUGCGUGAUCUCAGAAAAGAGAUAGAUAAUACUCUCGAUGAAUUCUCAAAAAAAUUGGAAAUAAGUUUAAUAACUGAGUUUAAAUGGGAUGUCUAUUUAUAUGCUCUAAAAGUGUUUAAGCAAACAAUGACAAAUCACCAAAACAAAUGGAAUAAAGAACACAGUCCGCUUUCUAUUUUUUAUCAAAAGAAAGAUGAACACAAAAAACUCAUUGAUACCCGACUUCGACAUGGAUUUUCUCUUGUUUCCGAAGGCCAAAUUAUUGGGGAUUAUCUAGUAAAAGCUAUUCAUAAAAAAGCAAUGAAGAUGGCAAAUAGAAAAAAAAUAGAUUCAGUAAAAAAUGUUGGGUGGAUGAACGGCCCUGAGACAGUGAGACUUAAAUAUUUUAGGAUGCUUGCUGAACAGGUUUAUUAUGGUAAUAAAGAGAAGGCUAUAUCUCACUUUAGGUAUCCAAGAAGUAUCGAAAGUUGGUUUGAGGCUGAAGUCAAUAGCAUUAAGAGUAACCCAGAGCCUGAAUAUAAUAAAACUUAUGAAUCAGAAUUUGAUCUUGUUCGUCAAGAAAUUCGUAAUUGCCGAAGUUCUGAAAAAAUUAAAAACUACGUAAAUAAUUACAUGACAAAUGCUAAUGUAGAUUAUGAAGUUGAUUUGAGGAAUUUAAAAGAUAAUGAUAAUAAGUUAUGCGCUUAUAUAGAGGAUAGGCUAAAUAAUUAUAACAGACCAAUACCUGAACGUUUUAUGGAUGCAUCUGAUGAUGAAUCAAUUAUGAAGAUGCUUGGAUGUACAGAAACUUGUUAUUGGUGUGGUGCUCUAUGCUGGGGUUCUCGGGGUCAUCAUGAACAUAAGGAUGAAACAAGAAAACAUCAUACAAGUCAUCAACCAACUGGACUUGGAGGAACUCGCCGUAAAGACGUCGAUACGCUUGUUGCAGAACAAUGUCACCAAUGGACAGAGAGAGAAGACCAGGAAGUUUGGUAUCGCGACAAAUUAACAAAAUGGAGUGUUGUAAAAGCCGAUCAUUUUUCAGAUUGGAUAUUUGAGAAACAUAAUAAAAACCAAUUUAAUAAUCUCAAGCGUUGGUUUUUUGAAAGAUUGCAUCAUGACUUGGCAAAGCACUAUAAUGUAAAUCCAGCAACUGAUGAUGAACUAAGGAAUAAUAAUUGUACGGGCUUGAAUUAUGUAGACAUUAUCAGUGCACUUGACGGCAGGAUAAAGUGA